AUGCGGUCGAGUGUCAAAUUCGCCGCAGAUGAUGAGUCGACACCGAAGGACCCGGAGUUGAGUGCCACUCUCAUGUCGAAAAUAGAGGAUGUGGACUUUGACACCUUUCAGCGUACAGUGCAGAUGCAACGAGAGCGGGGCAUGCCACCCCCGCCGCGCCCUGUCCUCAAGCGGAUUCCUGAAUCUACGGAUGACUUUUUGCGUAAUUUUUUCCUGCGAAACGGCAUGUACCGCACAAUGGAGGCAUUUGAGAUUGAGUGGUACGAGAAGUACGGGUCAAAGCCGCUCUCAGAUGCUCCUGUUUUCGCGGAUAACUAUCUUGAGACCGCAGCUCUUCAGGAUCGCAUUGAUGUCUUGGAGCACCAACUUCGCCAGCAUGCCGAGUUGACGGCAAAAACCACGAAAUUAUUUCUCCAAACGAAGAAGGAGCGGGAUUUUCACCGUGCCAACCACAAUCGUGUGGUUCAAGAGAAAAACAGGGUUGCAAAGCUUCUUCGUCAGGCACAACGCCAUGCGGAGGAUAUUACUCCAACUCUAAAUGAACUUCGUCAGAAGUGUGAGACACUGCACAAAGGAAAAGUACUGCUUACUAUAGAGAGGGAUAAGUUGGAUGCCAAGGCUUCGAGGCUAGAGAAACAAAUAGAAAACAUGGAACGGAUGCUAAAGUCAGAAGUGGAAGGGGAAACUCGCUCCAGAGCAACAGAGGCCGCAUUUGAACGGAAGGACGGGCAUGUUGCCAAAGCCAGUGAUGCAAAUCCAAAUGAAAAGAAACGUGGUGGUCGAGCUGUUAGAACGACAGAGAGUUCAUCUGAUGGAUUUCGAUGGCCGGCAGAUGAAAGAUCAGGAUCUAAAAGCGUGAAUACGAAUUACGUUGCUCGAACUGAGCCAUUCACAUGGGUUUGCCAAUCAUCAUUUAAAGCGCAUUCCAUGCCCGUGACAAGAGUUGCUAUGCACCCCGAGAAGCCAGCUGUUGCCAGCUCCAGUGACGACGGUACUUGGCGGCUUUCUGCGUUACCACAGGGUGAGCUUGUAAUGUCUGGUGACGGCCAUAAGAGUUGGAUCUCAUCGGUGGCUAUGCAUCCUACUGGGACCAUGGUGGCCACUGCGUCAGGCGACAAGACUGUGAAACUGUGGGAUUUUGCCACGAACAGUUGCAAGUUGACUCUUAAAGGUCAUUGUGACAGUGUAUGGUGUCUGGACUUUCAGGAAACCGGCCUUCUUUUGGCCAGUGGAGCGCUUGAUCAAACGGCUCGCGUUUGGGAUGCUACAACUGGUAAGUGCCGUCAGACACUCCGGGGACACGUGGAUACCGUGAAUGCUGUGGUGUGGAAGCCAUACACUAAUAUACUAUGUACAGGUAGUGGAGACAAGACUGUUUCUUUGUGGGAUUCCCGUAUGAACUGUUGUGUACAGACAUUGUAUGGCCAUCGCAACAUUGUUCAGUCUGUAGCGGUGUUAGGCACAACAGAAACUUUGGCAUCCUGUGAUGCGGAUGGCGUUGUUGCGCUUUGGGACGUACGUCGCAUGGAACAAAAACUAACUGUUGAUUGCGGACCGUACGCAGCGAAUCAUGUAGCUUCCGAUGGCACUGGGAUGUAUCUUGCUGUCUCCAGUGAGGACGCCACAAUUAAAAUUAUUGAUAUACCAAAUUCCACUGUAGGCGUACUUGCGGGGCAUGAAGACGGCGUUCAGUGUGCUGUCUUUGACCCGUCGACCAACAGCUUCAUCGUCAGCGGUUGCAGGGAUGGUACAAUAGGCUACUGGCGCUAG